UAUGCUUCCAAGAAAUUUCAUUGUUUUUCUUUUCUACCCACAUUUUCAGAUUAUAAAUACCCUUCAUGUUUGGCAAUCUGUAGAGUUUUUGUAUUUCAUUGCAGCAGCAUUUUUGUCAGGUACCUCAAACCCUCUUGUGGAAGGCAAGGAUGCAGAAAAUUGUGUUGAAGGCAGAAAUUAACUGUGAGAAAUGCAGGAAAGACGCAUAUGAAGCGAUUUCCAAGGUUGAAGGUGUUGAAUCGGCGACCGUUGAUAUUAAGGAGAGAAAGGUUACUGUAAUUGGAGAUGCAGACCCUGCCUGUUUGACAAUGGAACUCAGAAGGCUUGGAUGGGCAGAGAUCGUGAGUGUGGGUCCUAAUGUCCAGGAUACUCCAAAGCCUGCUCCAAAGGAUGACAAAAAGAACCCUCCAAAGGAUGACAAAAAGGAGGGACAGGCUAAGAAUGGUUCUAAAAAGGAGACACAGGGUUCAAAUGAGGGCAAAAAUCCUUCUCCCAAGCAGGAUUCCACAAGCAAGGUUCAACCACAAGUGUGGAUUCAACCACAGCCGUGGAUUCAACCACAACCAAUGCCACUGGAUGUAAAUGUAUACGUGCGAGGAUAUCCAGAAGAGAAGCCACAUUAUAAUCAGACACUGGUGAUAAGGGGAGACUGCCACCAUUGCUGUGAAGAUGUCUAUUACUUAAGCGAUGAGAAUCCAAAUGCAUGUUCUAUUUGCUAGGAAGGGUACAGCUCUGAAUCAAGAGAAGAUAGAUGUCAAAACAGAGUAUGAUUUAGUCUGAACAGAUCUCUUUGCUUGUUUUAUAGUUUUUGUUAUUUGUCAUAUCCUAUUAUUAUUAUUACUACUACAUUCAGCAACCUUGUAUUGAAGAAAAAGUUUUAAGUUAUUUGAUGUUUUCCUUCUGACUUGUAAUAAGAAAAAGUUUUAUAACUUAUUAUAUAAGCUAUUUGAUGCUUAUUUUCUGAUUUUAA